CACACGUCUUUCGUCAACUCUCAAGGUAAAGGCUACAUUUAAGGUAUUGUGAGACAACAAUGAAGAUCGUGUGCUGUCUGGUUGUGUUGGGCCUGGCUGUGGUCAGCGCGGACCUGCUGAGUAUCCUCAAGAAGAUCCACAGCUCGGACGCAUUCCAACACAUGCCUCACUAUGAGCAACUGCUGCUGGUGGAGCUGAUUGCCGAGGCAGAGAUGGGACAGGUGACCAAAUACAUCAACACCGUGGGCAUGGACAGGAUCUCCAAGAUGGUGCAACAUCUACCCCAACACGAUGCUGACCUCUUUACCAAGUACCUGAAAGACCACAUGACGGCAGAAGCUCAACCAGGAACAAGCCAGUCACACUAAAACUUCCUUCAGAAAUAAACAUUCUAUUGUAAA